AUGGAUAAAGACCGUGCAGAUAAAGAGUUUUGCUUAGAUACUUUGUCAGACUAUAGCAGUUAUUCAGAAAGUGACAGUGAUGGUGAUAGCAGUGAUUCUUCUAUAAACACUCGAAAGCUGCGGAAAUUAUUGCCACUGCAAUAUAGCGAUUCAGAAAGUGAUAAUGAUGACACCUCUGAAGUAAACAUCGAUACAUGGUCAACAAAUGACAAAUCAAUUAUUUUGGAACCUUUCGAAGGCAGUCCAGGUAUAAAAAUUCUACCAAAAUCUGAAGAAAAUGUAAUGGACAUUGUGAAUUUAUUUAUUGGAGAUGACCUUUUGGAAUAUUUGGUUAAAGAAUCGAAUAGAUAUCACUAUCAAGUAAUCAAUAAAUAUAAAAAUAUCUCAAAGACGAAGAAAUGGGUGGAUAUUACGUUGCCAGAAAUGAAAAAAUUUUUAGAUUUAAUUGUUCUAAUGAGACAAGUAAAAAAAGAGAGACUUCACGAUUACUGGUCAACUGAGCCAAGUACCGAAACUUCAUUUUUUUCGAAAGUAAUGAGCAGAAGCAGAUUUAUGCAGAUACUGCAGAGUUGGCACUUUUGUAAUAAUGAAGAUAUACCCACAAAUUCAAACAGACCUACUAUCAUUCAGAACCUACAAUCCUGCGAAAAUUGUAAAGUACUUGUGAGAGCAGUCUGUGAAGCUCACACGGGAUACAUUUGUAAUUUUGAAGUGUAUGCUUGCCAAGGAAUGAAAUUGGAAAACACUAUUCUAGAAGUUAUUGAUCCUUAUAAAAAUAUUUGGCAUCACAUUUAUCAGGACAAUUAUUAUAACAGUGUCCAUAUGGCUGAAGUUCUCCUGCAAAAUAAAGUACGGAUUCUCAAAGUGACGACACAGCAGACUCAACUAACAAAUCAAAUACUUCAGAGCCUACAAGAAGAGCACCAAGAUCAGAUCAUCCAGAAAGAUUAUCAUGCAUAA